UAGACUUGGAGGGAUGCUCGAAGAUUGAAACAAAAACGGUCUUAGCAUUGUCAUCUUCCUUCCAUGUCGCUGCGUAUUGCUGCGAAUGCACUGCGAAGAGCUUCAUCAACAAAUCUGUUGCACUCUACAUAUCAAAGCCUUCGAUUUCUUUCUGGUUCGGCGUCGGUCUCGCAUUCUGCGUCGAGCCCUAGCUUAUCCAUAUGGCGGCGGAAGAAGGAGAUGGGUAAAGAAGGCCUGAUCGUCGCCAAAGAGCUCAAAAGGCUACAGUCCCAUCCGGUACGGCUCGACCGCUUCAUCCGCUCUCAUGUCUCUCGCUUGCUCAAGUCUGAUCUCGUAGCCGUGCUUGCCGAGUUCCAGAGGCAAGACCAGGUCUUUCUCUGCAUGAAGGAUUGGCAAAGACAUGCAAACGCUCUUGGAGAAUUGUAUGAGAUCGUGCGCAAAGAAAUAUGGUACCGGCCAGAUAUGUUCUUUUACAGAGACAUGCUCAUGAUGCUUGCAAGAAACAAGAGGGUGGAGGAAAUAAAGAGGGUUUGGGAAGAUUUGAAAAGAGAGGAGGUUCUUUUUGAUCAACAUACAUUUGGAGACAUCAUUAGAACUUGUUUGGACAGUGGCUUGCCCUCAGAGGCAAUGAACGUAUAUGAAGAAAUGAGGCAAUCUCCUGACCCUCCUCUUUCAUUACCCUUUCGAGUGAUAUUGAAGGGACUUAUUCCCUACCCAGAACUAAGAGAACAGGUAAAAGACGACUUCUUAGAACUUUUCCCUGGCAUGAUCGUCUAUGACCCUCCUGAGGACUUGUUUGAAGAUCAAGAGCACCACCAGAGAGAAGAUGAUGAUUAGAGCUUUGUUGACCAGCUUCUUGAGCUGCUAUACCUUGAUCCGUUGUUUCAGAUGUUUGCAGCAGCCUUGCUUCUAAAAUUGAGACUUUAGAGGUAGGGGUGUUUAUCAUGUCUGGUGGCCUAAUUGGCUUGGUCUUGCCGGGUCACUUUGGGCCAGGCUGGCCAGAUUGAAGGAUAGAAAAAAGACAUUGGACUGGACACUUGGCCAAUGUUUUGUCUGAUGACAAAGUCUAAAUUGUCUUUUCUGAAAUUGCUGCUGAGAACUUGAAAGCUGCUUUCAUCUCCCCUUUGUACCUGCCUUCUGGGCAUGAAGUUAUGGGUUGGAGCGAGUACAUUCUUGGAGGCAUAUGCUUAUCAUUCUCACCGUUUCUUGCUGAUUUACUUGGUUGAGGUAAUGAAAUCAUUUGUUAACUUAAUGGAAUGGAAUAUCAUUCUCAGUUUCUCACCCUUGUGUGAAUCACAUGUAUGCUCAUUUUCAUUAUACUAGUCAGUCAAACGGUUCAUUUUGUUAUCAAUUAACUAUUGUAUUUUGUUUUAAAAAUUAAAGUGUAUUUCGUUCAA